GAGGGAAUGAAGAGCAGUUUAAGCAAAACAUGAAGGUGCUCAGCAAAAUGAAAGAAGCAGACAGUCUGUUAGAUGGUACCAAUCCAACACCGGAUACCGUAUGCAAAGCCAAGGAGAAGUUAGCGGAAGGUAUUUCUUGAAUGAACUAUAGACAAAAGUUAAUACGUAUUGCAGAUUCAUCCGAGCUGGGCUGGCGAGUCGUACACGAAUAUGAAACCAACCCACUUGCAGAUGAUUCGGAAGAUGAAAGGAAAUUGUAUAAGGCUGAAAACAGAAACAGAGCAGAAAGAAAGGUGAAAGCUGAUAAGACAAAGAAAGCUAGACGAGUACAUCCCUACGUCCAACCAGCAGAAAAAGCAGUUAUGACGAGAAAACCAGGCAGAUGUUUCAAUUGUGGUGUGAAAGGACAUUGGAAACAGGAAUGUCCUGAGAAACAGCAAAGAAAAAAUGAUAAGAUAAGUAAUCUUAAUACUUUAAAUAGGUGUAAUUUAGAAGAACACGUAGAUAACUUAUGUAUAAAGGUUGAUACAAUUAAAUCACCAGUCAAUAGUUUGAGAAAACACAUAAACAAAUGGAAAAUCAUUCAAGCAAGUGAUUACAUUUUAAAUGUUAUUGACAAAGGGUAUAUGUUACCGUUAAAAACUUUACCUGAGAACGUUUUAUUAGAUAAUAAUAGAUCAGCCAAAGACAACAAAUCAUUUGUUAAAGAUGAAAUUGAGAAAUUAUUAUCUAAAGGGUGUAUAUCAGAAGUAUUUGUAAAGCCUAAGGUCGUAAAUCCAUUAACGGUUGCAGGAAUAGGUUUGAGAGACAAAAUUAAGGAAGAUGUGAAAGAUGCCGGAGUAGACGAGGAAUCUGAACUUUUCAAGUAUGCAGAACAUAUGUCCAGUUACAUUGUGAACAGUAGAAGUGAUAAUACAGCAAAAUCGUACUUUUAUGCAUUUAAACGUUGGGAAACAUUCAUUAAAAAACAUGGUUUUCAAGCUUUACCAGCACAACCGGUUCAUAUAGCUUUGUACAUAACUUAUUUGCUUGACACUGGUGCUACUUGUAACACUAUCAAUUCUGCUAUUUAUAGUAUAAAAUGGGUGCAUGAAAUGAGUAAUUUUGCAGAUCCAACUAAAAAUUCACAUUUACAUUCUUUACAAGAAUCUGCCAAGAGAGUGGCUACUGUUAAGAAGCACAAGAAGGACCCUGUUUCAUUAGAUAUGUUAUUGCAAUUGUGCAGAAUGUUUUCAAAUAAUCAAGAUUUACUUGUGGUUCGUGAUUUAGCAAUGAUUUUACUGUCUUUUGCUGGGUUUUUGCGUUACGAUGAGAUUAGCUCUCUUUUGUGUAAAAAUGUUAAAGUUAAAUCUGAUUAUUUAAUUUUGUAUAUAGAGAAGAGUAAGACUGACCAGUAUCGUAAUGGUAAUGAGGUUUUAAUUUCCAAGGGGGAUACCAUUGCUUGUCCAUAUGAGAUGUUUUUGAGAUAUGUAAAUCUUUCAGGUGUCAAUUUGGAAUCGAAUUUUUCCUUUUUAGACCUAUUUUUCGUUCUAAAAGUAUUUGUAAACUUAUAUAUUAAAACAAAAAGCUUAGUUAUACUACAGCCAGAGAAAGCAUUAUUUCUAGACUGAAACUAGUGUCAAAAGACCUGAAGCUUGGAUUGCAGUCAAUGCGGUCAGGUGGGGCUACUGCUGCUGCAAAUUCGGGUGUCAAUGAUAGGGUAUGGAAACGACACGGUCGUUGGAAAAGUGACAGUAGCAAGGAUGGUUACGUUAUGGACUCAGUUGAAAAAAGGCUGCAAGUAACGAAGCAUUUAGGAUUGUAAAUAGUUUUUGCUUCUCGUCCCGGUUCCCCCUAUAUUUGUAAGUUUUCUAGCGUACUUGACGGGCUAGUCGGCAAAAUUAAUAUUGUUUUUAAUUUGUAUAUUAAUUAUGGUAAACGUACAUAGUGCUUAUGUACGAUGGGGUGUAGGUCGGUCAGUAUUUUAAUAGAGUAAAUACGGUGUUGUACUAAUGACCUUACUGUUAAUUAAGAAAAACCUAAAAUAGUACAUUUUAGAACACAGUCUGUAUCUAGAUCAAAUUUUCCAUUUUUGUUUAAUGGUAACAAUAUUGAUAAUGUUUCCCAAUACACAUAUUUAGGUUUAUUGUUUACUGAGCAUUUAAGCUAUGAGAAUAUGGCAAAAGCAGUUGCUAAAGCCGCAAGUAGAUCGUUGGGUUUGUUGAUAUCUAAAUGUAAAGCUAAUGGUGGUUUUCAAUAUUGUACAUUUACAAAAUUGUUUGAUACGCUUGUAUGGUCUGUAAUAGAUUAUGGUGCCUCUAUAUGGGGUACACGUGAUUUUUCAUGUAUAAAUAGUGUAAAAAAUAGAGCCAUGCGUUUUAUCAUGGGUGUAGGAAAAUACACACCUAAUAUAUCUUUGUAUGGUGACAUGGGCUGGAUGCCAUGCAAAAUCAAACAGUGGACUAGUGUUUUUUAGAAAUUGGACAAGAUUAAAUAAAAUGAAUGAUGAUAGAGUAAAUAAGAAAGUGUAUAUAUGGGGUAACACAUGUAAAAGAGUAAAAAAUUG